AGAGCAAAAGUUGAUAGCAAUAUAUGUGGAUUCGGGGAUUACUUUCAAUAAUUUGGAUGUCUGAGUGCUGUCUACAGAGAUUCUGAUGCAGUUGGUCUAGGGUAUGGCCUGGGCGUUGGGAUUUAAGGAGUGCCCACCCCCCACACCCAGGUGAUUUUAAGGGGCAGCCAGGGCUCAGAACCAAGGUCCAGAGUAAAGGGUUUUUAAAAAAUAUGUAACAGCUUUACUGAAAUAUAUUCACAUAUCAUGCUAUUCACCCACUUGAAAUGUCCAAGUCAAUGUUGUUUAGUAUAUUCACAGUUGUACAACCGUCAUUACAAUUUUAUGGAGGUUGGAUUUACAAUUGGAUGUGUAAGAUCCCUCUCCUAUAUCAUUCUAUUCAGUGGUCCUAAAGCCCUUGUUUCUUAGCGGGCUGUAGGACCUCACUUACCUCAUGAGGUCUACCCUAAGAAAAACACAUCACUAUUGUCCAUGGUUUUGGUGAUCCACCUGUAUUCCAGUGAACUACCCAGCUGUUUGAAACAGCAGAUCUGCGGUUUCCCUCCCACUGGCUGGCCUGUGCGGGUGCCAAGUUCCACACGUGAUUUAAUGGAUCAGAAGGAGAUGUCAGUGACAGAAAGGGUCCAGAAUGAUCGCUAACCUAUGACUCCCAACAGUAUGACAGAAAAUGGCCUUCCAGCCUGGGACAAGCCGAAGCCCUGUCCAGACCGAGAGCACGACUGGAAGCUGCUAGGAAUGUCCGAAGCCUGCCUGCACAGGAAGAGCCACGCGGAGAGGCACAGCACGUUGAAGAAUGAACAGUCCUCGCCGCACCUCCUCCAGACCACUUGGGCUAGCUCGAUAUUCCAUCUGGACCACGACGAUGUGAACGAUCAGAGCCUCCCAAGUGCCCAGACCUUCCAGGCGGAAGAGAAGAAAUGUAAAGGGUACAUCCCCAGUUACCUAGACAAGGACGAGCUCUGUGUGGUGUGCGGUGACAAAGCCACUGGGUAUCACUACCGCUGCAUCACCUGUGAAGGCUGCAAGGGUUUCUUUAGAAGAACCAUUCAGAAAAACCUCCAUCCAUCCUAUUCCUGUAAAUAUGAAGGAAAAUGUGUCAUAGACAAAGUCACACGAAAUCAGUGCCAGGAAUGUCGCUUUAAAAAAUGCAUCUACGUUGGCAUGGCAACAGAUUUGGUACUGGAUGACAGCAAGCGGCUGGCAAAGCGAAAGCUGAUCGAGGAGAACCGGGAGAAGAGACGGCGGGAGGAGCUGCAGAAAUCCAUUGGGCACAAGCCGGAGCCCACCGACGAGGAGUGGGAGCUCAUCAAAACCGUCACCGAAGCCCACGUGGCCACCAACGCCCAAGGCAGCCACUGGAAGCAGAAACGGAAAUUCCUGCCAGAAGAUAUUGGACAAGCACCAAUAGUAAAUGCCCCAGAAGGUGGAAAGGUCGACUUGGAAGCCUUCAGCCAUUUUACAAAAAUCAUCACACCAGCAAUUACCAGAGUGGUGGAUUUUGCCAAAAAGUUGCCUAUGUUUUGUGAGCUGCCAUGUGAAGACCAGAUCAUCCUCCUCAAAGGCUGCUGCAUGGAGAUCAUGUCCCUUCGCGCUGCUGUGCGCUACGACCCAGAAAGUGAGACUUUAACCCUGAAUGGGGAGAUGGCAGUGACGCGGGGCCAGCUGAAAAACGGGGGUCUCGGGGUAGUGUCGGACGCCAUCUUUGACCUGGGCAUGUCGCUGUCUUCUUUCAACCUGGAUGACACUGAAGUAGCUCUCCUUCAGGCUGUCCUGCUGAUGUCUUCAGAUCGCCCAGGGCUUGCCUGUGUUGAGAGAAUAGAAAAAUACCAAGAUAGUUUCCUGCUGGCCUUUGAACACUAUAUCAAUUACCGGAAACACCACGUGACACACUUUUGGCCAAAACUCCUGAUGAAGGUGACAGACCUGCGGAUGAUCGGAGCCUGCCACGCCAGCCGCUUCCUGCACAUGAAGGUGGAGUGCCCCACGGAACUCUUCCCCCCGUUGUUCCUGGAAGUGUUUGAGGAUUAGACUGGCUGACUCCGUUCUCGUAAUUCCUACAGCACUACUGGGUGUCAUUUCAUUCCAUUGCCUAGAUCUUUUUUGUCCGUUCCUUUGUUUCUUUGUGUUGGGAGGGAUCGCUUAAGGGGUCAGGGAGAUAGUCCUUGGCAUAGACAUGGAUGAAAUUGCCCCUUGAAUGCGGGUACUUGUAACUAUCGCGUUUUGUUCUCCAGUCCUUCGAUGUGAAUGCUUCGAAGGUUUUACAGCUAUGGAGGUGGGGUGGGGACCAUCAUUCAUUCACCAGCACCAAGCCAUCACCAGCUCCCAUCUGUCCUGGUCAGAGACUCAAGCAAGCAAAAUGGCACAGCAGAAGACUAAAGAAGCCUUAAAACCAAGACAACGUGGUCGUCUUGAUCUGAUUCUGAUUUUUGCAGGGCUCAAGUUAGCAGGACGCAGACCAUCCUCAGUUAGAUGCGGCUUUCAGAUUUCCAAGGAAAGGUCUGAGCAGAUUUUUGCUUAUUCUAGAGCAUGCUGUCUUCAGCACCCUUCAUUCUCUCCUAGCAGCACAGCCUGGAAUGCACAGAAAUAUUUGUUCCCCCAAAUCAGUUGUUCUUUCGCUGCAAUUCUUACAAUCCUAUGAUUUAAUUCAAGUCAUACAAGGUGUGACUCAAAGAUGUGCAGGUACUUGACUGACUGAGACCAACCAGGAAAAACAUUUUCUUCUGUGAGCCCAAAGAAUUCAGAAAUCUCUAUCCAUGUCAGUGAUUCAACAGUUUCCAAAAAUUCACAUAGCAUUACCUCACAGUGGAAAGGCUCCUUUACAGAUAUGGCUCAGAGAAAAUUUCCAUAGAAAUUAAGCCUAUUUACAGGGUGUUGUCAUUUUUUCAAUGACAUCUGAUCCAUCAUCUCCCCAACUCCUGAAGGUAUUUAUCCUGAUUGCAUUUUUGCUGAGCUGACAACAGAUUUCCCUAUGGAUUAAGUCUCCUAAUCAAGGAGAGAAAAUGAGCAGAAAUUUGAGCCUUGGGGAGGAAUUGUGAGCGGAGAUUAGUGCGAUUAGAUUCUAAAUGGAAGGAAAUGUGGUGGUCUGAGAGCCCCCUUCACGUACUACCAAUGGUUGGAGGAUGCUUCCUUCUGGUCUUGGAUCCUCAAGCUCUUUUCUCUAGUUACCAAUGUUUCCUCGUCUCCUUUUCCCUCUGACUCUGUGGCUUGACUACCACUAAACAAAGACUGGUCCAGCCCCUGACCCUCUCUGUCCCUGCUAUAGCAUUGCCCUAAGAGAUAUUCAACAGAAAAUGCCCAUGGACCAUGACCAUGGCCCCUCACUCAUCUUCCCGACCCAGCCCACCUCCCUGAGGACAAACGCUGGAGCAGCUUGUACCCAGAAAACAAAUGGUGAUGCCUCAUCACUUCAGCUUCAGAAAAUGGGCAAAGAAUGUACCCAUGCAAUUGAAUGUAUCUCAUCCUUCACUGGCAUAGUCAAUAUACACAAUUCCUUAGCCUGCCUUGUACUGCCUUAUCCUGGAAAUACUGGGGAAAAUAAGCCAUAUCAGCAAGAUUUACCUAAAAACAGAGGAAUGAAAGUCACUGUGAAAACCAAGCAGGCUAAUUUUUUUUUAACUGGUCCAGAAGCCAGGGUCCCUGAGUUCCAGUUUGUGCUCUGUCAACUGAUAGAUUUGUGACCUUGGUAGAUUCGGUCUUGGUUUCUCACCUUGGGUUAUGGUGAAUAAGUCAUAAACUCUGAACUCCUUCCUGUCCUUAAUACUCUCCUAAUUUCAGGGUAGAAAAUUCUGGCUCUUUUGAUGGCUUCUCUCAUAUUCAAAUUUCUACCUUUAUUAGACAAAAAUUAUGGCCCUCAUAACAGAUAUGGAAAGUGUAUCUGACAUUGAUCCAAAAUAAGAAUUUGACGCACUACUCAUCAGCUAUGCCGGGAAAGGCAGGACAGCCCUGGAAACAGAAGAGGAACAGCACAGCAUCGAAAAGUCCACGUGUGACUGGAAACAAUCUGAGAGGCAAAGUAUAUGUUUAAUGCACUAAAGCAAUUAUGUUGGCUUCUGGGGAAAGGAACCAAGAACAUCGCUGUGGAACUUACUGAUCACAGGAAAAGAGUAGAUGAAGAGAUCACAAGUACAAACCUGACGUCCACGGGCAGACUAACUGCUUUGACUUUAUCUACAGAGAGGUUUUUUGGUCUUUGCUCUCUAGGCAGCCUCUAGCUUAAGUCUUUGCUGUGUUAACAUCUCAGCUCCCUCUGUUGACUCCCUUUGAAACAUAACCGCCUGUUGCUCCUAGCUCCCGCAUAACUCUGAGAAGCUUUGCAGUGUGGGCCAAGUUUUCCCUGAGAAGGGAAUGAGCGGAAGCAAGCAGGCGGGCUACUGGGAGGUCCACGGACUCCUCGGGCAUCAAGCCUUCCCAAGAAAGCCUCCUCGAUUUGUUUGACAGAGAGUCCCCGCUACUUCAGACACACCCAGAUUCAAAUAACUAUAAGAACGAAGCCUGAUCUGAAGCAAAGUUGGACUGUUUUGUGGAUUAACCAUGACUGGGCAUUGGCCAAAUGGUACAGUAUAUCUACAGUAAUCCAGUAAGUUUAUGUUUGAUCCUCAGCUUCUGAAAGGAUUGCCUUCAGCAGGCAAACCACUAAUCUAAAAAUCUUGUUGCUGCUGAGGAGGACAAGCCUUAAAGUACUUCAGGUUGCAAGGAAAGCUUGUACGAACACAAAGGAUCAUGACGCCAGUGGUCCCAGUGACUCAUUUCUUCUGGAACCGACUGAGGAACCUGGUACAUCUCAAGACGCCAUCUCAUAAAACUCGAUUAGGAGGGAUUUGCUCUGGAUUUUUUUUUAACAUUUUUAAAAAUAUCAUCAGGACUGUCAGAUCAAGUGUGGACUUGACUGAAACCCCUCACAGUGGGGAGACAUCCCAGUGGAGGAGAACACACCUGUACAACUGGGAUUCUUAUUUAUAAAUUACUUAACUUUUGGGGAUGAAUGGUGCGCGUGUGCACGUGUGUGUGUGUGUGUGUGUUCGUCACCCUCAAGUGUACUUUGCUCUUCAACUUAGACGUGCAGUAUUUUCAGAAAUAGUGAGAAAAGUAAGAUCUUUUCUUCUUUAUGAUUCUGCUCAAUACACCAUGUGCCACCUUAGAGCUUUUUCUAGUCCAGCGAGCCUCUGUCCUCAGUGACGCACUUUGCCGUGUUGCUGCCUCAGCCCAGUGAUGUCUCCCUCACCUGUAUCCGAGUGACACCUCUUCGGUAUGCAGCGCCGUCAUUAUCAUCAGGGUGGACCCCCGGGCUCAGCUCCAGCAACGCCAUUCUCGCGGCUCUUCCGUGAACAGGUGUGCAAGCCUUGGCCCCUCCUCAACACUAAGCCCCCCAAAACUCAGCCUCCGUGGAACUGCUGAGUGCCCUCAAGGCAUGUCAUUGUCAGUGAUACAUUUUUCUUCUGUGAAACUCUAACCUAUUCGUGUCAUAUUGACCUUUUGCUGCAUGAGUCAUAAAUUAUGAAAUCAGUCUUAUGGUUUUUGAAAUGUAGCCAGCAUUUGUAAGGCUAAACCUUUUUCAUGAACUGAAUUUAAGUGACUAACCAAGCCACAUUUCCUCUUCAGAAGGAGAGUGCUUACAGACCUUUGAAUCUCUUUGCCCUUUCCAAAGGCUACGGCUUCAGGUUCUGAAAUAAGCUCGUAAUUUUUCCUGUUAUUUUAAUAAUAUGGAAAUAGUAGCAUAGUGUUUCUUUUGAUAGUGAUAGACUAUAAUCCAUAUUUAAAUUUUAUAGAGAAGAAAUUUUAUUGUACUGUGAUGUAGAUAUUUAUUAUCCAGGUAAGGAUUUGCCCGGUGUGUAUUUUUUACAAUUGAAAUGUUUUACUUUAAUCUUUAAAAAAAAAAAGACAUUAAAAACACAUGCAAAAAAAAAAACAGACUAGGAGGAAAAAAGGUUUGGCCUUAUCACAGAAUUUUUACUGUGUUGUACAAAUGUUUGCAAAUGCAAAAAGAGUGCGUUUCUAGUGUCUCCACAUUCAUUCAUUAACGCCGCCUUCAAGAGCAAUAUCAUGCAGGCAAAACGCUGUUUGUGGCUUUCUGUUGCACAGUUAAAGCUGACCCACCUUAUGCACAAGACAAUCAAAUACAAAUUCGUCCUCCUCAGGACUCAGAUAGUACUCAAGCAAAUUACGGAGCACAAUGUCAGGAGAAAAGAAGACACUUUAUUUAAUUACACAUGUACUGUUGAUACGGAAGAUACCAGGGCAUGAAUGUGCUGAUGUUGCCCUAUUUUUCUUUUGGUUUUCCUAAUUAACUUCACGUUUUCCUUCAAUUAUAGAGCCAAAUUAGAUAUCUAUGCUUUCUUCAGAGAAAGCACAUAUUUCCCCCCAUAAUGUUUUCAUGCCCUAAGAAUUAUAAAAUCGCUAAAGAACAGGAAAAGACUCACAGUCAUCAGAAGACCCGUGUUUUGCAAACAGUGUUAAGUGAUAUUGCUAGAUCAGUGAUAUUUUUUUCAGCCUAAAACUGUUGAAAUCUGUGAUCAAAAUGUUUUAAACUGUCCAAAAAGAAAAUUUGUAUAUUUGGGAAAAUGGAUUUUUACAUAGCUUUUGUAUGCAGACAUUAAACUGUAAUUAUGAAUAUAGUGGGCGUAGAUAAAGUCAUGAGCUUCAACUCUAAAAAAGAAAAAAGAAAAAGCUUAUAAC